CUAGGCGGCGGUAGGGAGAGCGGAUCUCGCGGGGCCGCGGCCGGGAGGGAGAGAGAGGCGGUGAUGAUGGCGGCGGCGGAGCUGUAUUUGUUGUGGUUAUUACCUUUUUUACAGACGCUCUCUGCGUUUGGAGCAGAGCUUUCCUCUGAGGCCUGCAGGGAGAUGGGAUUCUCCAGUAAUCUCCUCUGCAGCUCCUGUGAUUUACUGGGUGAGUUCAGUCUGACCCAGCUGGAGCCUUUCUGCAGGAAGUGCUGUCAGGAGGAGGCUCAGCUCGAGUCCAGGAAGCUGUACCCUGGAGCCAUCCUCGAGGUGUGUGGAUGAAAAUUGGGGAGGUUCCCUCAAGUCCAAGCUUUUGUCAGGAGUGACAAGCCGAAGAUGUUCAAGGGUCUUCAAAUUAAGUACGUACGAGGCUCAGACCCUGUACUGAAGCUGCUGGACGAUAACGGGAACAUCGCUGAUGAGCUCAGCAUCCUCAAGUGGAACACCGACAGCGUGGAGGAAUUUCUCGGCGAGAAACUGGAGCGCAUUUAGUCAUUAAUGUGCUGUUAAAUGACCUUUUUCUUCUCUUUUCUUUCCAUUUUUUUCAGGAACAUCAGUAUCUAUUAGUUUAUUUGCAUGAAUUUGGUGAUACGAUACUAAUCGAGAUACCGGGGUUACGAUUUAAUACUUUGUGAUGUAUUGAGAUUCAGAUUUAAUACAAUUUAAGGAAAAUUUGUCAUAUGAAAAAAAAAAAAAAAUCAUAUUUAUCAACAAAUCUGAAUAAAAGAUAAGUUAUAUUCCUAGUCAGUGCAAUCUAAAUACAGAGUACAACACUGCUCUCUAGUGGGCGGGGUUUAAACAUAGCACUAAAUAAGUCACCAAUUCUGACACCAAUCUUUUUUUACAUGUGAACUAAUAAUAAUUCUAUAUUAAUGCAGUUUUUUUUUUUUAAAUAAAAGAAUCGAUACAAUACUGCAAAACAGUAUAAUAUUCUUAAACCCCUAGUAGAUACAGAUCACUACUGAAUGAAAGCUGCUAAAGAGAGUGUGUGUGUGUAUGUGUGUGUGUGUGUGUGUGUGUGUGUGUGUGUGUGUGUGUGUGUGUGUGUGUGUGUGUGUGUGUGUGUGUGUGUGUGUGUGUGUGUGUGUGUGUGUGUGUGUGUGUGUGUGUGUGUGUGUGUGUGUGUGUGUGUUUCACUCUUCCACCCAGAAAGGUUUCUCUCAGCGUUGUGAAACUGCUCAUCACUUCUUCUUUUCUCGAUUCUCACUUCUCUUUUCUCUGCUUCUGUCUGACGGUUUCAGAUCUUUAGUUUUUUUUUAUACCGUGUUUUGUUAAUUAUCAGAUUCUCCUGAAGGCGCCGGUUCUGAGCUGUUCACAGUGUUUGUUCAGGUUCUGGUGCCGGUGUUGAGCUGCACAUUAGUGAAGGUCCUGCAGUAAACCAGACUCUGGAGUGUGAGGCCUGAUGUGUGUGCAGUUCUCUCAGCGUUCAGAGCUGGAGAAACCCUGUGAGCAGUCUGACCAGCGAUCAGAAGGGGAUCUCUGUUCAAUAAAAAUUAAAUGGAAAGCUU